AUGUCUUUUAUUCCAUAUUGGAAUUCGUGGCCCUACAUAUUCUACAAAUUAAAGACACAUACCGUCAGGCUUUGCCUUGCCGAGCCAACGGUGUCUGUCAAUAGGUUUGGCAAUGAAUCUAUUUUUCAUGGACUGAAUGCAAUGAAGAAAUCGGAGGAGCAGAAGAGGAAGGAUAGAGCAGAGAGGUUUGGGUUUAUGCAGCUUGUACUUGCUGAUGUAGAAGAAAAGAAGGCAGCUAGGCUUGCCAGAUUUGCACCAAUCUCCACGACUAAUUUAGUGGAAGAAGACAAAAUGAAAGCUAGGGAAAUUCGGUUUGGCAAUGAAUCUAUUUUUCAUGGACUGAAUGCAAUGAAGAAAUCGGAGGAGCAGAAGAGGAAGGAUAGAGCAGAGAGGUUUGGGCUUAUGCAGCUUGUGCUUGCUGAUGUAGAAGAAAAGAAGGCAGCUAGGCUUGCCAGAUUUGCACCAAUCUCCACAACUAAUUUAGUGGAAGAAGACAAAAUGAAAGCUAGGGAAAUUCGGUUUUCAUGA